GAGCGAGGCUCCACUGACAUUUUUUUUUCUGGUUCUUAGGGGAAGUGCGCACUCUGCCGCGGGGCUUGACGUUCAACCCAACUCACGCUUGUGCCAAUACCAUGGCCCAAGGGCUUUGAACAGCCCGCUGGCGCUGUUGGCCCUCACCGCUUCUCCUUUACUUGGCCUGUGCGGGACCUGCUGCCGAUUGUUUCGUUUCUUCGGAGUGUUUUUUUUCUUCUGUCUUCUUUUUAUUACGUGAAUAUAUUUUUUUCGAUAGGUUUGUGAGUUUUUGCGAGGAUUAGGGUUUUGGGGGUUUGUGGCAUUGGUUGUAGCUAUGGCGGAGCGAAACGGGGACGGGAAGGGCGGUAGGGUGCAAAUCAACUUGGAGCUCUAUGGCAAGAGGUUGAAGCUGCUGAACAACAAAUGGAAGGAGCACAAGAAAGAGAUGUGGGGAGGUGCGGACGCCAUCGCCGUGGUCACCCCGCCCGCGUCUGAGGACUUGCGCUACCUCAAGUCCACCGCAUUGCAUAUCUGGUUGUUAGGGUACGAGUUCCCCGAGACUGUGAUGGUGUUCAUGCCUGGCGCGUUGCACUUCGUGUGCAGCUCCAAGAAAGCCGCACAUCUUGAGGAAUUGCAGAAAUCGUCGAAGAUGCUAACAGGUGUGGAUAUUCAUAUUCAUAUGAAGGAGCGCAAACAGGACGGCAGUGUGCAGAUGAAUAGCGUUUUGGACGCGGUGAAAGGUUUUAGCAAGGGGAAGACACCCACCGUUGGGGUUCUUUCGCGUGAGGCCACGGAGGGCUCGGUCAUGGAGAAGUGGGCCGAGUGUCUGGAAGCCUCAGGUGCUGCCACUGUAGACGUUUCUGGUGGAUUUUCGGAGAUUUUUGCUGUUAAGGAUGAGGAAGAGAUUUCCAACAUCAAAAAUGCAUCUCAUUUGAGUGCGGCUAUCUUAAAAAGCUUCGUGGUGCCGAAACUGGAAGUGAUCAUCGACGAAGAGAAAAAAGUGACUCACUUUGAGCUGAUGGAGCAAACUGAAAACGUGAUUACGAAUCCUGGUAAAUACGUUAAAUUGAAGGCAGAGGAUGUGGACAUCUGCUAUCCUCCUGUUUUUCAAAGUGGCGGAGUGUUCGAUCUGAAGCCGAGUGCAGUGAGCAACGAGGAACCUCUGUAUUAUGAUACGCUUGGUGUGAUAUUGUGUGCGAUUGGUGCACGGUUCAGGUCGUACUGUUCGAACGUUGCAAGGUCGAUCAUGAUAGAUGCAGACAAAACGCAGGAGAAAGCGUACAAGAUUCUUUUGAAAGCUCAUGAAGCAGCCAUAGCUGCACUUAGACCAGGGAACGCCAUGUCAGUUGCGUACAAGGCUGCUUACGCUGUGGUGGAGUCUGGAGGGCCAGAGUUUUUACCCUACUUUACGAAGAACGCAGGAACUGGAAUAGGCAUCGAGUUUCGGGAGUCGGGUUUGACCCUGAACGCCAAGAACGAGCGUGUGAUUCGCCCUGGGAUGGCGUUCAAUGUGUCGCUUGGCUUUCACAAUCUGACUACAGAGUCGAGCAAUCCAAAAUCCAAAACGUUUUCCCUUCUUCUGGCGGACACAGCGAUCGUUGUGGAGAAAGGCCCACCUGAGGUGCCAACACUGAAAUGUUCCAAGACGUAUACUGACAUAGCGUACUCGUUUAAAGACGACGAGGAAGACGAAGAGGUGAAAGUGGAGGCGAAACCUAAAGUGAAAUCAGAGAGUAAUGGGUCCAAUGAACCUGCCGUUCGAAUGGCGACUCUGCGAUCCGACAAUCAGGAGAUGACCAAAGAGGAGCAACGACGGCAGCACCAAGCUGAAUUAGCAAGACAGAAGAACGAAGAGACAGCCAGGAGGUUAGCGUCUGGAGGCUUGGGAUCUGGAGAUGGUCAGGGGCCAAACAAGACGACAGGAGACAUCAUAGCAUACAGAAAUGUGGAUGACAUUCCUGCUCGAGAGUUGAAGAUUCACGUGGAUCAAAAAAAUGAAGCGGUAUUGUUACCUGUCUAUGGUUUGCUGGUACCUUUCCACAUAGCCACGGUUAAGAGUGUUUCAAGUCAACAGGAUGGCGGGCAUUCGUACAUCAGAAUCAUAUUUAAUGUCCCAGGAGCAGGUUUUGGGCCGAAUGAUGUACCCACUCAAAAAUUCCCCAGGUCGAUAUAUGUGAAAGAGGUUUCAUUCAGGUCAAACGAUACACGGCAUUCGUACCAAGUUGUGCAGCUGAUAAAGACUCUUCGGCGACAAGUGGCUCAACGGGAGUCGGAACGUGCGGAAAGAGCCACAUUGGUGACUCAAGAGAGGUUGCAGAUCGGGAAAGGUAGACCCAUCAGGUUAUCAGAUCUCUGGAUUCGGCCAGCGUUUGGGGGUAGAGGGCGGAAAAUGAGCGGUACAUUGGAGGCACAUACAAAUGGAUUCCGGUACUCAACCAUGCGGCAGGAAGAGAAAGUGGACAUCAUGUACCGAAACAUUAAACAUGCCUUCUUUCAGCCAGCAGAGAAGGAAAUGAUUACUCUUGUUCACUUCCACUUACAUAAUUAUAUUAUGGUCGGAACCAAGAAGACGAAAGACGUGCAAUUCUAUGUCGAGGUGAUGGAAGUUGUACAGACGCUAGGGGGCAGCAGGCGGUCAAUGAUGGACCCAGAUGAAAUUGAGGAAGAACAACAGGAGCGAGAUAGGCGCAACAAGAUUAACAAAGAGUUCGAAGCGUUUGUGAAGCGAAUGGCAGAACUGUGGGACCAGCCACCAUGGCGGGAGCUAGACCUAGAAUUUGACAUUCCUUUCAGAGAGCUUGGGUUCCACGGAGUGCCUAAUAAGUCAUCUGCUUUCAUCGUGCCAACGGUGAACUGUUUGGUUGAGCUAAUAGAGACCCCGUUUCUGGUUGUGAGCCUGAAUGACAUCGAGAUUGUGAACCUGGAAAGAGUGGGUUUAGGGCAAAAAGCAUUUGAUAUGGCGAUAGUGUUCAAGGAUUUCAAGCGAGAAGUUUUGCGAAUUGAUGCCAUUCCUUCAACAUCGCUGGACGGAAUCAAGGAAUGGCUCAACUCGAUGAACAUCAAAUAUUACGAGAGCAGGAUGAAUCUGAACUGGCGACCAAUCCUGAAGACGAUACUGGAGGACCCUGACAAGUUCAUUGAGGACGGUGGGUGGGAGUUCCUGAACAUGGAGGCUAGCGAUUCUGAGUCCGACAAGUCGGAAGAGUCAGAUGAAGGAUAUGAACCAUCUGACGUGGAAGUUGUGUCUGAGUCGGAAGAUGACGACUCUGAUGAUGAAUCAGUUGUUGAGUCCGAUGACGAUGAGGCCGAGGAAGAAGAGGACAGCGAAGAGGAAGAAGGUUUGACUUGGGACCAACUAGAAGAAGCCGCGAAAAGGGAUGAUAAAAUGAAAGGAGACGAAGAGGACAGCGAGGAUGAGCGUCAUCGGAAUCGGAAGAAGGCUGCCGGGAAAGGCAGGAUGCCUGAUCCCAGGGAUGCGAAACGGGGUCAGCCGAAUAAAAGGCCCAAAGUAAGGUGAUGAUCAGUGUGUGGCAUGGGUCUCAACCAUGUGUUAGAUUUCUCUCAUGUAAAAUCUUUAUCACUUUCUCUGUCGCUGUGGGUCAAAUUUUGAGAACUCUCAGCUUGAUACCAGUAGGUUCAGAGGGUUCCUUAUCUGUACACGAUGCUGGAUGGAGACGAUAAGCCACUCGCUAUGUCCAGAUUUGGGCAUUUUUUAGAGUGAGGAUCAGAUUUUGAUGUUGUGGUGCGCCCAGAACGUGUUGACACUCCCUCGUUAUUUUGUUGAAUUUGGUGUUGGAGAUGGAUUUAGUUCUGAUAGGAGCGGGCCAGCAGAAUUUUCCUGUGACACUACAGAAUAUCUAGAAAGAGGAUUCGACAUCUUGUUUCAGUGCGCAUAGAGCUUUAUUUGUUUCCAUCAUCGCUGAAACGGCAUCAUGCGUCUUUUAGUCUAUGUACUGGACUCUUAUUGAAAAGCAACAAUCUUGUACUACGUUAUUUCUUUGUGAGCGUUUGCUUUUAAAAUUUA